AUGACAAUCACAGAAACCCACACGAAAAGCCUCGAGUUGGCUGAUCCAGCUUUACUGGAGAAAAUUGACAAACUUUUCGCCUGUAACGUCGGGGAGUAUGUCAGCCUCCCCCAACUCGUUGUCGUUGGUGACCAGUCCAGCGGUAAGAGUUCGGUCCUCGAGGGCCUGACCAAGUUGAACUUCCCUCGGGACAACGGCCUAUGCACGCGAUUUGCGACACAGAUCAUUUUUCGCCAUGAUGCCAACUUGGCUGAACGAGAGAUAUCUGCUUGUAUAAUCCCUGCAUCAGAUGCAACUCCAGAGGAGGAUCAGAAGUUGCGGGGCUGGAAGGCCUCUGCCCUUCAGUCACUAGGUGCUGAUGACUUCAAUCGUGCGAUAAAAGAGGUCCACGACGUUAUGAACCUUUCUUCAUCUGCUGGGGACCAAAGGCCAACUUUUUCUAACAGCGUGUUACAACUGGAGAUUCGUGGCCCGAACGAGAGCCAUCUUAGCGUUAUCGACUUAGGAACAUGGUCCUUCGUUAUAUGCAAAACCAACGGUCUAUUAUGUUGGCUGUGGUUCCAGCAAACAUCGAUGUUGCUACUCAAGAAAUCAUUGAGAUGGCCAGCGAACUUGACCCUGAAGAGCAAGAACCUUGAGAAUCCUCACCAAGCCAGAUCUCGAGCUGAGAACAAGGUUAUUCAACUCAUUCAUGAUGGGAAUGCGAACGGGCAGCUGGGGUGGAUCCUCGUUCGAAAUCUCGGCCAAAAACAGCUUCAGGCUGGUGAUGCUGACCGAGAUGCCGAAGAAAGGAUGUUUUACCAAAAUGCGCCAUGGAAUCGUGUCCCGCCUGAAAACUACGGCAUCUCGGCAUUGAUGGCUCGCCUCCAAGAGCUCCUCACAUCAAACGUCCGCCGCGAGUUCCCAUCGGUGCGCUCCGAGGUGAUCAAAAGGCUCAAAGACUCGAAAAGUCUGUUGCAAUCUCUGGGAGUUCAGCGAGAGACAGCGGAGCAGCAGAGGCGGAUUCUUCUAGAUGUUGUCUCAGCCUUUCAAGAGAUUACACAGCACGCCCUUGCGACAAAUUAUGGAGUCAAUGAUGUGUUUGAUGAAGAUAAGGAUUUACGCCUGGCUACACUGGUUUCACUCAGAAAUGAUGUUUUUUGGCACAACCUCACCCAUUACGGUCACACCUACACUUUCCGGUCCAAACCGGAGGAGAUAGACGGCAGCGUUGAUGAUCAUGAGGAAAGACGCAAUACUCCAGUCAAUACUGGAAAAACACAAGAUAUCAUGCAAAGCCGGAAAAGCUGGGAUCCAACUCGGAACACCUCGGCAGAGGAUCUUGAGGAGAUUCUACAUGUUUCCGAGCCCGUGGAGCCCUCCGUCAAAUUGGGCAUUCUUUCUUGGAUUGAGGGUGUUUACUCCAAUUCUCGGGGCUUUGAGAUUGGUAUAUUCAAUCAUACUUUGCUAUCUACCCUUAUGAAGAAGCAGUCUGUCAAAUGGCCGAUCAUUGCGCGGGGCUACAUCAGUGACAUUAUCAGCGUUGUGCAUGCGUUUAUAUGUAAAGCACUUGAAGUUGUCUCCAAAGACACGCAGAUUUCCUCAAACAUCAUGUCCCUUCUGAUGGAUGACCUUGUUGAAAGGUACAAGCAGGCCAUCUCAACGGUUGAGUUUCUUUUGAGAAUUGAACGUGAAGGGACCCCAAUCACUCUGAAUCACUAUUUCAAUGACAACCUUGAAAAAUGUCGACAAAAACGGUUGCAUUCGACUGUGGCCAAGAAGGCUUUCGAUGAUUGUAAACAUGGGGAGGUUGUCCGACUGAGUGACAUUGUUCACCAACACCACAUGAGCAACGUCGACCAUACUGUAGCUCGGAAGCGGUUCAUGGACAAUGUGUGCAUGCAAGCUGCCGAUCACUACUUAGUCACUGGUCCCGAAGCCCCGAUGAAAUUGUUCUCGCCAUCAUGGGUGAAUGACCUCUCUAGCGAGAGACUAGAGGAGAUAGUUGGAGAGGGCAGGGCGUCAAAGCGGAGAUGA